AUGCUAUCUCGUGGUCGGUCUCUCGCAGCGUUGGCAUUAUGCCUCAAUCAGGCAUCAUGCUCAUAUGUCAACUCGCUAUCGGUCAAUGCUCAGGAAGUGCUCAAUCAGUCAAUGAGCUGGAUGGAUGGAUACUACGACACUGAUGCUGGCUAUCUAUUCAGCCUGGAUGCUGCAGCUGCUCUUCGACACGAUACACGCAGCUCAGCGUGGUAUGCAGUUGGCUUAUUGGCAAGAAACCAAGGAGACGAUGUGAAUAAUGCCGAGAAGAUCCUAGCCAACAUCGUUCAUGGACAGUACAAAGAUCCUGCAGAGCGAUGGUAUGUCUUGCCUUUUGAUUGUGAGAUGGGGAUCGAGCUGAAUAUGACAGGUNUUGGAGACUAUCAGCAAGAGCCAGAGGAACCCUAUGUAGGGACUGCAGCAUAUCCAGCGAAAAUCUAUAACUCGUGGGAUCCAAACUGGCGUGGCUUCAUUGGAACUACAUUCAUCAUCGGUCUAGAGGAGUUCCCCCAUCUCCUCAGCGAGGAAGUCACCAACCUCAUGCUUGAAUCUUUACGCAACUCCACCAUUGGUGAUUCGUAUCGUGUCGGUGGUGUCGACGAUGACAAUCUGUAUCCAGCUUACAGCAAUCCUUCAAUCAUGCGAGCUUUUGUAUCAGGCUGGACUGGACGUCGUCUGGAUGACUCCAAUUUUACCAUGUCUGGUGAACAAUAUGCUCAGGAGAUUGUCGACCUCUUCAGCCGUGCUGAUACUCUAUCUGAGUUCAACAGUGGCACAUAUACAGGCGUGUCGCUCUUCGGAUUGACGUUAUGGGCCAAGUAUCUUCCUGCCGACUCUGUCAUGACCCGAUACGGUGAACGCAUGAUCAAGGCUACGUGGGAUGCUGUUGGCCAACUGUGGCAUCCACAACUCAAGAAUAUGGCAGGCCCAUGGGACCGGUCAUAUGGCUUUGAUAUGAACAAAUAUUUCAGUUUGAUGGCUCUAUGGUUCUGGGUCAUCAUGGGCAAAGACAAGUCAUCGCUCAUCUCUCGACCCCAAGUCAUGUCACACAGCGCCGACUUCGCUUACGGACCUCUCUUUGCCAUCUUAGGCGAAUUUCAGUCAUCUAUGGUACCCGACGAUGUUCUGGAGGCUUUGACAGACUUCCGUGGUGAACAUAUCUUCACUUCCUCUACCUACUCUCCACCUUUCGAUACAUACCCAAGAAACAUCACUAGCUGGUUGGCACCAAACAUCAGCAUUGGGGCAGAGACGUUUGAUGAGAAUGUUGUCGGCGGACCAGCGAUCAACCCAAGCACCUUCAAUCCUGCUGUGAUUCAAUGGAACACUGGUGCUGGCAUUGGCUUCAUCACGCUCCAUGCUAGCGAGAACGCAACCACAGCCAUUGUCACUCCCAAUCGCCUCGAAUUGUCCUAUCCGUAUGGCAACAGCUCUUCAGUCUUCAGCCUUCUUGUGUCGACAUUUGCCAACGAACGCAACGUUGCUAGCUGGAGUGAUAUCCAAGGUGCAAAUGUCAGUGUCACCACCAACGCGAACACAUCGUAUGCAGUCACCUUUGCAGGAGCAUAUGGUGGUCAAGACAAGGUGAUCAACGACUUUGAGUACUGGAACUUCACCUACACGAUGCCUAUCAACUUCACAGGUAUCCCGAAGUUGGUGCUGGAUAUUGAGCUGUGGUGA